AAUUGGGAAAACGAAAUUGUUUUCUAUAUGAUUGGAAAAUAAAAUAAAUUAUUUAUAAAUUUUAUUAUUAAACUUUUUCUGACAAUUUCUUCUUUAUAUAAAAUAAAGAGAUUAAGUGAGACUAAUGGAUAACUAUAUAUAUAUAUAGCAUCGGAAAAUUUACGAGCAAAGUUGGCACGAGUGCACCUUCAAUGGCUGUAAAAGUAGGAUUAUACAGAUCAUUUAAAAAGGUGGAUAAUUACCCGAAUCGAGAGCUGGACUUUAAAAUCUUAUUAUCUGUACCAGCGAAAGUCGUACUUGGUAUAAAUAAUGCCAGGUACCUUUCCUUCGUCAUCCAGUUCUCUUUCUACCAGCGCAUCGUCUACAAACUUUUAGCCAUGGGACAUCUGCUUGAAAAGCGGAUAGUCGUGGCUUUCAUUUAUCUCUGGAUAACAAUGUCAUCGGCACGUAAAGAAGAUUUGGAACGAGCAGCCGAAUUAGCAGUGGAACGUGCUGCCGAAAAAGCAGCAGAAAGAGCAGUGGAAAAAUCACUUGAAGCUGGUAAUCAAACAUCAAUGACAAUCACCGUUAAGGAAUCAUAUUCAAAUGCAAGAAAAACAGCUGAGGAACAAGCGGCACCAGGCUCAGAAUCAACGCGCUACAAUAAUGAAAAAACAUCUAUUUUUGAAUCAAAAGAUUUUCCCGAUGAAUAUGAAACGCCAUUGAACGAACAAGAUUAUCUCGAUGAUAAUGAUACAAGAUCAGAAACUGACUAUGAAGAUUCACAAGUUUAUGAUUACAAUGAUCAAAAAGGUUACAAUGAUUCACGUGGUGUCGACGAUUAUGAAAAUGAUUAUGACGAAUCAAAUGAUACAAAAAAUAAUAACAAUUAUUCAAGUCCAAUUGAAGAACAGGAUACAAAAAGUGUCAAUGAUUACGAAGAAGGACGAUUAGAAGAUAUCGAUGAUGAUUACACGAUUCCAAAUCAUACAGAUUAUCAAAAAUUAAAUUCAUCAAAAAAUACAAAUGCUGAGAUUACUGAAAAUUUUGGUGAUUUUGAUUCUGAUUUUCGUAAUGAAUUUGGUAGUAAAUUAACCAAUUCCGGUGGUAAAUUAGAAGACGAGUUGAAAUUCUACACGAGUGGUGGCGAUUUUUCGAAAAAGAAAGACUCAAAAAAAAUUAUUAAAGUAGAAGAAGAGGAAGAAGAAGAAGAAGAACCGGAAUAUAAAGACGAGGAUACAUGGAAAUCCUAUUCAGAUUGGCACAAAGAUUUUAAAACAAUUAGCGAGGAAUCAUUUCCCAAUGGUUCUUUUUGGGAUGAUGACGAUGAUUCACUAAAAUUGUGGUCCGAUGAUGAUGAAACAGCAGACAAACAAUCGACUUCAAUUCGAAAAGUUUCUCCACCAACGACAAAUGAUAAAUCACCAAAGGAUUUUGAUUUUAAAACUUGGCAAUCGGAUGACGAUGAUGACGAUGAUGAAGAAGAUCUUGAUGACAAUGUUCCAGAGGCUGUUAUCGAAAAUGAUACGAAAAAUAUUAAUUCCUAUCGAAGAAGAUCGAGUCGAGAUGAUUAUUUUUAUCGAGAUGGUCCUGUUUAUUCGAGACCUAGUGAGAAAGCAACAACAGAAAAAAUUACAACACCAAAAUCAUCAGCAGCAAAAUUUAGGAAUACAUUUAAAGAAAGAUCCAGAGCUCAAUAUCAAAAAUUGAUGCAAGAAAGAUAUUCAAAUAAUAUUAGAAGAUCGCCCAAUAAAUAUCAAAAUUUCACACAAAGAGGAAAUGUUACCAACGGUGAUAGAUUUCGUUCUUAUCGUACAUAUACUGAUUUUAAUGAUUCAAAAAAUUCUGGAAUAAAUAAUCCUUUUAGAGAUUUAACAACUUAUAGAGUUUAUCCCAUGACGCUUGAUGAUAAGAUGGUGACAAAAAAUCCAGUACUCUCAAUAAAUCGUUCAAUGCCAAUAAGUCCAUCAAUUAAUCCUCCAAUUGGACUAAAUCAAAAUGAGGCAAAUAUGCCACUAAACGUUCAAAGAAUUAUUCAGGAAGAUUUAAGGGCAAAUCUUCAAAGUAAUCUACAGGGAAAUCUUGAAUUAAAUUUACAGACAAAUUCUCAGGGAUCUUUGCCAAGAAUUCCGCGUAGACCAUCGCUUGUUCAAUUACCGCCAAAAAUGUCAAAAUUAGAAGAUCAAGAAGACGAUAUGCCUCCAAUACCUUCGAAAAUAUUGACAGUACCAAAAUUAAGGAGAUUUAAUGAAGGUAUUAAAAUGAAACCUCAUCAUCCGUAUGAUGUGAUUGCAACACAAAGAUCACAAAGAAUACCAAUGAGAAAACAACAGAAAUUUAUAACAGAUGCACAACAAAUUCCACUAUUUGUUAAUACAGCUCUACCUGGACCAUUUCAUAUCACUAAACAGCAGACUAUUGUUCAUGACAAUAGACCCUUUACUAUUCAUCUCGAUAAAUCUAUUCCAAUUGCACUUAGAAAAAGAAGGCCAUUUAUUGUUCAUCUUCCUUUACAACCUUACGAGCAAUUAAUUAGACCAGAGAGUAAAUUAGACAAAAUUAUUGAAAAUGAUUCUGCAGUUAGUGAAAAUCGAUUGCGAAAAAUUAAAUGGUCUUGAAAUGUGUCUAGUGCGUCUUUAAAUUAAUGACUGAACAAAUGUUUCUUUUUGAGAAACACAAUUUUUUAUUCUCGAAUAUUUUAAUUUCAUUUCAAAGAAAUGGUUCAAGAAAUUCCUUUAGGGAAAAUUUGUCUUCUUUGUUCACAGAAAAAUUAUUAUUUCUGGUAAGAAAUAUUUUCUUUUGGACAAUAAUAAUUUUCAAUAACGGAAAUAUAAGAAACAAAAGUUGAAUGUAUAAAAACAAAAUCAAUUUAAAAAGUUGGCCAAUUAUUAUAUCUUUGUAGCGUUUCAAAUAAUUUUUUUGUUUAAUAUAAUAUUCGCUUAACUAUAUUCCGAGAAAGUUCAAAUCAUUUUGUACGGAAGUUUUCACAAGUCACUUAAACAUUCUGUCAUUUAUAUUUAUGCUGAAUUGACUCUGAUGAGUUUGUAUAGUGUAAAAGAGCAAUUUUUUUUCCUCUCGUAGUAAAAUUAAAAAAAAGAUUGCUUUUUGUUCAUUAUGAAUUCUAGAACAAUUAUGCAGAGCAUGACUUUAAUUUUUUCAUUAAGAGAAAAAGUAAAUGAACCAUGCUUAGGAUAAUUUAAAAAAAUGUUAAUUAAAUGUGUACUUAAUGUAUAAGGCUUUUAUUUAUAUAAAUUGUAUUAUUAAUAAGA